GCCGAUCGCCGCCUUCUUAUAUGUCGUAAAACCCUACUUCUCUUUGCGCCGAUCUCUCCAAUAUCGCCAAACCAGAGCAUCUGAUGAGGACAGUGAAGAAAUCCAGGGAUGAAGCUCCCGAUUUUCUGCCAUUGGAAGGUGGACCAGUAAGGAAGAUUCCAGUUACUGAACUAAGAGACACUAAAGCAACAGUUUUGUACAUUGGUAGAAUUCCACAUGGAUUUUAUGAGAAUGAAAUGGAAGGAUUUUUUAAGCAAUUUGGUACUAUCAAGCGACUUAGAAUUGCUAGGAAUAAGAAGACUGGAAAAUCCAAGCAUUUUGGCUUCAUAGAAUUUGAGUCCCCUGAGGUUGCAAAAAUUGUGUCUGAAACAAUGCAUAAUUAUCUAUUGUUUGAGCAUGUCUUGCAAGUUCAACUUGUUCCACCCGAACGUGUUCAUCCAAAACUGUGGAAUGGUGUGAACCGUUGGUACAAUCCUUUGGACUGGGUUAAUAUUCAACGAAAGAUUCACAACAAGGAACGGACAUUGGAAGAGCACAAGAAAUUGGUUGAAGGAAUAAAGAAACGGGAUCGCAAGAGGCGUAAGAAGAUUGCAGCUGCUGGUAUAGAUUAUGAAUGCCCAGAAAUUGUUGGUUACGUUGAGUCUGCUCCAAAGAAGAUUAAAUUUAAUGAAGAUUAGGACUUUUUUUUUUGGCAAUUUGAAGUAUGGAUCUGUGCGCAGUAUGGGAAGCUUAAGCAAUGGCCUUUUCAAAACAGUUUUGUGUAUCUUGUUUCUAGAUCCCUGGCAUAGGUCCAUAUAAUUUUGUAUUUGGAUCAGGCGGUAUGCCCAGUAGUUGUACUCAAAACUAUGAUUUUUUUUGGAUGCAAAUGCUAUGUAGGUUUUAUAAUGGGGUCCAAAUUUAUUGGUUUCUUGUU